CACAGGGAACCAAGCGAGCAAAACUCUAACGGUGUAAUGUGUCGCCGUUCGUUCCCAUGCCCCUUCGACUAGUUGAAUUUAGGCCAAGAUGUUCAUGACAAGAAGGGUGAAAGCUCUGUCAUCAUUAAGCAAGGAUUGCUUGCAACUACCAAAGUUAUCACGCCACUAUGUGCAAGCAACGCAGGUUCCAGUGACAGAGUGCCUGGAUGAUUCAUUAGUUAACCGUGGUACUCCAAAAGAGCCUGAACUGAAGGUUACCAAACUAGACAAUGGAGUCCAAAUCAUAUCUAUUAACAGUGAUGGUGGUGUAUCAAAAGUAUCAGUCUAUAUCAAAGCUGGAAGUAGAUAUGAAGACCCUUCGAAUCUUGGAAUCACACACUUUUUACGGAAUUCUGCAUUUUUGACAAACAAAAGCAAAAGCUCAUUAAGGGCCACAAGGGAAUUGCAGCAGCAUGGUAUUUCUCUUGGUGUCACAAACUCAAGAGACCAUUUCAUAUAUUCUGGUUCAUGCAUGAAAGACUCAGUAAACCCAAUGUUGGAGAUAAUUGCAUCAUCUGUUCAUGGCCCAUUAUUUCAAAGCUGGGAGAUUAAAAAUGCAGAUGAUUUAUGCGCAAUUGACAGAAGCAAUUUGGAAGCUUACCUCCAACUCGGUGUACUCGAUAAACUACACGGUGCAGCCUUCAGGUCUGGUCUAGGGAAUUCAAUAUAUUGCAAAGAGCAUAGAUCAUAUUCAGGAGAGCAGAUGUCUGAGUUUAUCAAGAAUAAUUUCGUCGGGGAAAGAAUGUCUGUCGUGGCCAUCGGCUGUGAGCAUGAAGCAUUGGUAAAAGAUGUUUCAGUAACACUUGGCAGUAUCCCACGUGGGACGGUCGUCUCCGAAGGAAAGCAAAAAUAUUUUGGUGGUGAGAUUCGCAUGGACAACGAAUCAAAACUUAAUCAUGUCGCUCUUGCAGUGGAAGGCCCCAGUCACGUGAGCAAAGACCUCUGUACCUACGGAGUACUUCAGCAUAUGAUUGGCAGUGGUUCGUUUAUCAAAUAUGGCAGUAACACAGUUUCUUCCAGGUUAAAUAAAGCAGCUGCCAGUGUCUCAGAGAGUCCAUUCAUGGCAUCUUCUCUGAACAUUUGUCACAGUGACAAAGGCCUCUUUGGUUUCUACACAAUCACUGACCCAAAGGAUACGACCCAGGUUGUUAGAGCAGCAGUUAACGAAAUAAAAGCCGUUGCCAAAGGAAAGAUUACGGAUGAAGAAAUGGCCCGUGCCAAGAAUCAGAUGAAGGCUGCUGCCCUAAUGGCCAAUGAAAACAAAGAUGCUAUGUUGGAAGAUGUUGCGAAUCAGAUGCUCUCUCGCGGUGUCUACCAAUCCCCCACUGAGAUCUGCUCUGGAGUUGAUGCAGUAACUAAAGCCGAUCUCUCAAAGGUCACUCAGGAACUUCUCGCAACCAAGGCGUCGUUUGUCGUUGCUGGCAACUUGGCCCAUGCCCCCUAUUAUGAUGAGUUGGCUUAGCUUGCAAUAAGCAGUUCAACACUCGUUUUCAGUGAAAUUUUAUGGACUCGUUUGGAUGUGUUCCUAAAGUGUUGCUUACAAUGAUGGAUCAAUAUAAACACUAGAUUUGAUCAAUUUCUUACGUACUUGCCAAUGCUGUUUAGAUGUCUGAAUUGUCAAAAUUUAAAUAAAUUCUUUUGUGGUAUGGUUA